AUGUCCAAAACCAGACAGCUUCUUCGCCGGGAAAUCACGUAUUCAACCGCAAAGAAGGAGGAAGUGAAUAUCCUUCACCAGCUCAAGUAUCCCAGUCAGCAAGCUGACUUUAUCAACCUGGUUCAAUCGAGGAGCAGCUGGAUAAAAGCCGUUGUGAGCCACCAUCUGAACCUCUCCUCCGAUGAUGCAUGCUCUGUAUCCAAUGUGGACGAUUGGCUUGGUGGAACCUACAAUCUCUGUGUUCCCGUAACUGUUGCAGGCUGGAAAGGAAAAAAGCAGGCCGGGGAUCGCGUGAUACUUCGAUUGCCUCUUCCCUAUCGUGAUGGUGAGGCCUUUCGACCUGGAAAUGGAGACGAGAAAAUCCGGACUGAGGCAGGAACCUACGUUUGGCUUCAGGGACAGUGUCCUGAGAUCCCGAUUCCGAAACUUUAUGGUUUUGGCUUGUCCACGGGCCGAAUGUUUACACGAAUCGAUAAUCUAUCACCACUGUCCCGCUGUGUACACUUUGUCCGCUGUUGCUUCCUGUCAUUGCUCGGCCGCCCAGUUCCCUCAGAAUAUGUCCCUCAUCAGGGAUAUAGCCAGCUAGCUGGUAACACGAACAUUGGGUACAUGUUGGUUGAGUAUAUUGAAGAAUCGGCAGGCAAGAUGCUUUCAGAAUCCUGGGCUGAAAAAAAAAAUAACUCUACUUUGCGAAGCAACCUGUACCGAAGUCUUAGUCGACUUUUUAUUAGCCUUGCUAAAAUUCCCUUGCCGGCAAUAGGCUCCUUCGCCAUUGACGACGAUGGUUUCGUGCAUUUAUCCAAUCGCCCCCUCUUCCUGGGAAUUCAGGAGCUAGAAAACGAAAAUAUUCCGAUAGAUAUCCCACGGGACCGAACGUAUUCAUGUGUUGAAUCGUUUGUGGUGGAUGUGCUUUCUUGUCAUAACAGCCGGCUUGAACACCAGCCAAAUGCUAUAAAUGACAUAAUGGAUUACGCUUCUCAAGCUGGUGCUUUGACGGCCAUGCAAGCAAUCUUUCCACUAUUUUUCCGUCGCGACCUACGCAGGGGACCGUUUGUUUUCACGCUCACUGAUAUCCAUCAAAGCAAUAUCUUUGUGGACGAGGACUGGAAUAUAACUUCUCUUGUUGAUCUCGAAUGGGGCUGCUCUUUGCCAGUUGAAAUGCUCCAGCCCCCUCAUUGGUUUGUAAACCAAUAUGUGGACAAAAUUGAGAACGAGGACUUCGACAAUGCACGAAAGGAAUUCAUGGUCGCUUUCACAGCUGAAGAGCAAGGACGCAAUUUGAUCAAUAUCCCCAAGCCAUUAAAACUAUCAUCAAUCAUGGAUGAAUCCUGGGAAAUGGGAACAUUCUGGUACCAGCUUGGUAUGUUCAGUCCAACAGGCAUUUUCCGGCUUUUUGACCAUAAAUUGAAACCGAGAUUUGUCAAAAAACCUUCCGAUCAUGAAGCAUUCUGGCAGAUCAUGCCGUGGUAUUGGUCGCAGGAUUUUGUGAAUAUCAUGGUCCGCAAGGUUAAAGAUAGGGAAAAUUAUGAUGCCCAACUCCAAGAAGCGUUCGAGGACACCCACGGGCGUUAG